CCAACUGCACACAAAUCAAGCUACGACCAAUAGCUCAAGUCCUACGAACAUUUCCACCCCUUCCUUUAUCCGACUCAAACACUGCAUAACUCGCCAUAAUGUCUUCUCAUGGCACCAAGGUUACCGACCCUAAUGCGCCCACCGUCAACGAGAGCGCCGGCAUUAUCACCAAGGACUCUCUUGCUGCCGAGUCCGCGCAGGGCGGCGGUUCGUUUGCUUCGGGUAACCCCAAGGCUGGCAUCUCUUCGCAAACCAGCACAGGCACAACCACCAACACCACCGACACCUCUGGCGCUACCGUUUUGAACGCUGCGUCUUCUGCUGAGGCACGUGAAGCCCAGGAGGGUUGGAGUGAGGCCGCACAACUGAAUGCCGCACAGGGCCUGGGCAAGUCCGCUGGUGUUGGUCCUACUUAUGCAGACUCAGGAUCCACUGGUGGCAGCAAGCCCUACAACACCACGACUGGCAGCGGUGCCAACGUCGGUGCCGCCCCUAGCUACGCUACCGCAGGCGGCCCGACCGCAGACCAGCUGAAGCCGCAUGGCAAGAACAUCACGGAGGGCGGUUUCGACAGCUCCGCGCCCAAUGCUAGCUUCAGCGGCGACAUUGGCGGCAAGAAUGACCCCGGUCGUCUUGCUGAGAACAAGAUAGCCGGCACGAACGCCCAGAGUGCGCACGACUCGGCCACGGGCCCCAGGCAGGGCGGCAUCAGCAACGAUGGCCAGUACAAGGCUCUCAAUGAGACGAGCGCUUAAAGGAGGCACUGGAGGAACAGGUUGCGGAGUUCUUUGAAUGAUUGGAAUGAAUUGAAUGACCUACCUUUGGAGCUCGGAGCUCCCAUGUAUAAUAACAGAUAGUUAGCUAGCUUGACUGAAGCAAAAGCGUUUCUUCAGAG